UGGAGCUGAUGGAAUUUGCAGCAGCAGAGAGUGAGACAGAGAGAGAGGAGCAGGGAGUCUGUGCUGCUACCCAGAGCUGGCAAUUCAGGAUGACUGGAAAAUGACGUGAUCAGCGCAAACAUAUUGUGGAUGUUUCACGUGUACAUAUUUACAAGGAUACAUUGACACAGGAGACUCUGCCCUAUUUCUUUUGGACCAAACAUUUGUAGACAUGAUGGCGCAGGUUCUACAAAUGGAGACUCACUUUCCAGGUAAACCGGUCCCAAAUUCUUUGUCCGCUAUGAAAAGCCCUGAGGCUCCAUAUUCGGUGGAGACACCAUAUGGCUAUCGCUUGGACUUGGACUUUCUGAAAUACGUUGAUGACAUAGAAAAAGGCCACACCAUCAAGCGAGUGCCAGUUAACCGUAGACCUCGAUAUGGAUCCUUACCCCGGGGCCCCGGCUACACUGGAUCAUGGUGGACCUCUACAGAGUCCCUCUGCUCCAACGCCAGCAAUGACAGCCGUCAUUCAUCAUAUUCCUAUUGUGGAAGAAGUUUUUAUCCAGCAUAUGAAGUCAGGAGUGGUACUCAAACUUUGAACAACAACUUCAAUCCCAGGGUGGAGAGAACAUUGCUAGAUGCUAGCAAGAAACUAGAAGCUGGACAGUCUCGUCCACUCAGCCUUGGAUGCAGAUCCACCAGCUCCAUCUCCACUCCAUCUCUCUCUCGUCUACCCUCCUCUUCUUCCUACCAGCAGCUGUCUUCUUUUACUCCACUAAGUUCUGGGAUGUCUACUCCAGUGUCUCCCACCCCGGUCCAUCUACAGCAUGUACGAGAGCAAAUGGCUGUGGCACUGAAGAGAUUGCGCCAGCUAGAAGAACAAGUAAAAAUGAUUCCCGUGCUCCAGGUGAAGAUCUCCGUGCUCCAAGAGGAAAAACGUCAGCUCAGUGUCCAGCUUAAGAGUCAGAAAUACCUGGGUCACCCAGGGGGAAACACUAAGGGCAAGACAAGAGGAGAGCUGUACAUUGAAAUUCCAGAGGAAGAAUCCAAAGAUGGUAAACUUGAAUUUGUAAUGAGAGAAGAGGGAAAAGGAUGUGUUGGGGUGGAAGGAGAGGUCAGGAAAGAGCCUGAAGACCUGAAGGAAAAAUCCAAAAAGGAAUGUUUUCCAUCUGAUGGGAGACCUGCUAAAAAGUUCUGCAGUGUUGGAGUCUGGGUGAGAGAAGUGGAUCUCCAUCCUGUUCCGGUUAGACAGCCAGAGGCUGACAAGCAAAAGCUUCUGGUCCAAGCACUAUCUGCUAAAGUUGCGGUGUUGGAAAGGCAGCUUGGCCGAGCGUUGACAGAGGUUCAAAAUGCAAACCGGAAGCUGGAAGAAGCUGAGCGGGCAACAAGAAGCGAUGAAGCUUUGAGGAAAGAGAAGAAUGAGGACGUGAGGGCUGAUGCGGUUAAGGUUGCUAGGGUGGAGAGAGGAAGUGAGGUGGUCUCCAGCACUGAAGUCGGACCUGGGGUUCAGCCACAGAGGGCACGAAACUUGGAAGGCAGAGGAGUUGGGCUAGUUAAAACUAAAGAAGGAGAUGAAGCCAAAGUCUACAAGAGCAGGGAGGUGAUGGAGAAACCAUUCCUCUCUUCAACUGGCCCUGCCAUCCAUGUUCACGUGGUGAAGAAAAUCAGCAUCACUGGGCAGAACAUCAAGGACGGAGAGAAGAAGGGGUACGAUAUUGAGAAUACAAGAGAAGAGCAGUCCUCCAACCAAAACAUUCAGAGAGUUGAAAUCAAUGUUGGUGAUUCCCUGGCCAGGCGAGAAGUAGAUAGCACAGACUUGUUUGUGAAAUCUACUAAAAGAAUCACACAGGAUGAACAAGAAAUGAAAGCUUCUCAGUUUUCCGGAGUGAAUGGAGAUAUGGAUUCUGCAUCCUCAGAGGACUCUGGAACUAUGGAAAAUCCAUCUGACAGUGAGAGCACAGAGAGUGAAUAUCAUGAGGCCAGCGAGGCUCUAAACCAGGCGGAAUCCCAACUGCAGCUUGCAUCCAGCAGCCAGGCCAAAGAAAUAGAGAUAAACAAGCCGGCAGAGGCCCCAACUGCCAGCUCCCCGCCUACUAGUCCAGCCCCCAGGGUGGAGCUCAGCAAUGUACUGAUUUCCGGCUGCGUGGCUCUACAGAAGUCUCUUGACGACCCACCUGCACUUACAGAUACCGAGAAGAUUUGUGUCCAGGCAGCAGCACGUGCCGCCGUCCUGCAGGAGUGGAUGAAAAUCCUGCGGCAGAAGGAGGUGGACCCAGCAAUCAUCCGCCACCAUUUAAAUGUCUUCCGUGCGAUGUCUCCGCGGCUACUGGAGGCCAUUGUGAACAUGGCCGACGUAAAAGGGAACACCGCAGUGCACUAUGCUGUGUCCCAGUCCAACUUCACUGUGGUCAGGCAGCUACUGGACACUGGCCUGUGUGAUGUGAAUAGACAGAAUAAGGCCGGCUUCACCCCACUCAUGCUCACAGCUUUGGCAGCUUUCCGCUCCAGCGAGGACAUAGAUACCGUUACACAGAUGCUGUGUCUGGGAGACGUCAACUGCAGAGCCAGCCAGGCAGGGCAAACAGCUCUGAUGCUGGCGGUCAGCCACGGGCGUCUGGAUGUGGUGCGCGCUCUGCUGCAGUGUGGGGCGGAUGUGAACGUGCAGGAUCACGACGGCUCCACAGCGCUCAUGUGUGCCUGUGAGCAUGGACACGUGGAUAUAGUCAGCAUGCUUCUGGCAGUACCUACCAGCAACGUGGCACUUACCGACAAUGAUGGCAGCACGGCUCUCUCUAUUGCGCUGGAAGCUGGACAGAAUGACAUAGCAAUGCUGCUAUAUGCUCAUAACUCCAAGACCUCCAGCCCAGGAGACGAGAAGACUCUGAACACUCCAAGUGUAAACCCGAGUAAUGAAUCCCAGUAAAAGGAAGAUUUGGGGUUACCAGCUUCCACCCUUUGCCGCCCACUAGGCCUCACCUGAGCAGAGGUGGAGGUGGCUCAUUUCCUCUGCAUGCCGUCCAGAGCCUCAAGGCUUCCCCUCAAACACUGCACUGCAAUAACCACUAUGCACCCAGCUUCAGCACCAUGGAGAGAGGAAACAGAAGGCAGGGAGAGGGUGGUCAGGUGGGGUGUGGGGGUGGUGAGUGCAGGUCUGCAGACUACUGCUAUGAAGUUUUAGACAAUGUGAUUGAAAGAGAAGGCAGAACAGAGGCAAAGGAGAGAGUGGGACAUAAUGGCCGAUUAUGGUGGGAAUCGAGAAUGUGGGGUUUUGAUCAUCUACAGACAGAAUAAAGGUCAGAAGGAGAGACAUGUCAUAAUAAUGAAGCUAUAUGUGACAGAGUAAUACAAUGAUGGAUGAGGCACAGUGAGAGCUGUUUACUAACACUGCACUAAACCAGUGUUUUCUGACUCAUUCUCAGUGACCCCUAGCAGUGCAUGUUUUACAGAUCUCCUCGGUGUACCAAGUGCAGCAGCACCUGUGGUGUCAGCUAGUAAUGACCACACCCGUGCAGCUGCUAGGAGAUCUGAAAAACAUGCACUGUUAGGGGGCAUCGAGGACUGGAGGUGGUAUACACUGCACUAAACCAUAACACCAAAUCAGCAAUUAGAUUUUUGCUGACUAAUCCAAAGUAGACAAUGAAAGCAACUGUGUGAUUGGCUGGUAUGGUUUUAGUAUAAAUAAGGACGUAUCAGAAAUGCUAAUACGUGCUUAGGUAUUUAGAAAGUUAGAAACGGCAGCUGGGAUAGUAUAGACUACAGCAGUGUUUCCCAACCACGGUCCUCAAGGCACACUAACAGUCCUGGUUUUAGUGAUACCCAGGCUUGAACACAGGUGACUUAAUUAGUACCUCAGUUAUUUUGAUUUAACCAUCUGUGCUGAAACCUGGAUAUCACUAAAACCUGCACUGUUGGUGUGGCUUGUGGAACACGGUUGGGUAUGCCUGGACUACAGUGAUUCCAAUGAAAGCUACUUAAGAAAGUUGAAUGAGAGCAGUAAGAUGUGUGUGCAGCCUGGCAGCAGGAAUAUUAUUAUAGUGGAGGCGAUAGGUGGAAAUACCAGAUAGACCCUCUCUCCCAUUGGUCCUCUCUCAGUCGCUUCCAUACACCAGCCAGUUAAGCUCAUUCCAUAGGAUUCAGCAAUAAUAUUUGUGAUUAUUGGUUGUAAUAGAGGCACUGCAAUAUACAUAUAUAUAUAUUUUUGUUAUCCAUACUUAUAUGUCAGAUGGUUUCUUUGAAUACUUGUAUUUUAGGAAGUGUAUCACUAUAUAAAUAUAUGUAUAUAAAUAAAUAGAUAUAAACCAG